AUGAAGGUCAAGAAGCGUGUUUUCCUCAUCCCUCCUGACGGGAACCAGCCAGCUAGCAGAUCUUCAUAUGUGAUUCCUGAGAAAGGAGAAUUUGGUCAGGAGCAGCAGUUCAUGGAAGACAAGAAAAGGAAAAAAGACGACAAACGCAAAAGGGAAGCCUCUCAGAAGGUUGCAGAGCAGAAAAACAAAGUGACAGACGUGACCAAGCCAGCUGCUGCCCAGUCUCCUGCCGCACAGAGCAGCUCAACCUCCCCCAGCCCUGGACCUACCCCCUCUGCCUCUCCAACCCCAGCAACCUCAGGCCCUGGCAGUGCUGCCACCCCAUCUCAGGGCGGCAACAAUGCCAAGCGCCUGGCAGUGGCCAACGGACAACCCAGCUCCAACACCAAUUCUUCCACCACCGCUGGCGGCCUCGGGGCUGCUGGGAACGGCAGCACAGGUAGCGGAGGCGGAACCCAGGCGCCUCAGCAGCCGUCGCGCUACAUGCCGAGAGAAGUGCCACCGCGGUUUCGCGGCCAGCAGGACCAUAAAGUGCUACUGAAGAGGGGUCAGCCACCACUGUCCUCCAUGCUGCUGGGAGGUGGGGGUGGAGAGGAUGGUCCAAAUGCAAACAUGGCUGCUGUCUCAGAUUCUGCAUCUUCAUUGUGUCUCACCUCAUCAGUUGCUGCUUCUACAACUAUUUCCAAUUAUGCAAAUUCCAUGUGGGGGUCAAGCUCAGGCAGCCAGGCCUCUUCUCAGGGCAAGGAGAAGGUCAUCGUUGAUGGCAACAACCUAGAGGAGUGGCCGAGUAUUGCUGGCAGUGAUGGAGGAAACGGCGGCAGCAGCGGAAUGCCUGUGAAUAGCAUCAGUGCCUCUGGCAACCAACCCUCACCCACUUCCUCAUUCCCUUUGCCCAAAGAAUGUAUGCAGUCGUCCAAUAGUGUUGCAUGGGGGACAACUGCCACCCAGGGUCAUCUUGGAGGAGGUACUGCCGUAGCUGCAACUGGGCCUCUGCUACAACAGCCCUCCUCAAUUUCCAAAGCCCCCGUUGUGCCAGGGAGCCAUGACGCCAAUGGCCCCGUUGAUGGUAGCAGUGGGAUUCCAGGUGCCAACUUCAGUCCAAAUGCCAACCCUUCAGCCUGGCCUGCCCUGGUGCAGCAGGACGGCCCCACUGAUCCAGGGGAAGGGGCUCUGACUUCCUUUCAUCCCCAGGGUUCUGGAGGGUCUGUCAACAACUCUGCUUCCUUGGGGCUGGGAGGCAGGGCAGUUGGGGUGCUGGGGAGUCACCCAUCUAUAUCUGUGAAUCAGUCAAGCACCCAUCAGCACCAACUUCACCAAAUGCAAUCCAGAGACAGAGAGGCUGGAGUGGGGAAGUGGGACAGUGAAUCAGCGGGACCAAAAAUUUCAGGGGGGGAUGGGAUUGGGGGAGGACUGGACCAUGGUGUUGGAGGAGGCAGGGUAAGUGCAGGAGACCAUAGCCUUGCCACCUCCUGGAGAGGCCAACCUUCUUACCCUGCAGCUUACUCCAAAACGGGUGUCUCAAGGACUGAUGGAUGGGAGGAUGGGGGAAGUGGGGGAUUAGGAGCAGCAGAAGGAGAGAAAGGGACAUCGGGUUGGGGAUACCCUAGUUCCAGUUGUGGCAGUGCUGAAAAUGGGGGUAACUGUGGUCAAACCUCCGGGACAUCUCAGGGAGGGUGGGGGUUAUCAGUGGUAGGAGCAGAUAGAGGGGUUUCUGGUAGUGAUUGGGGUAGUAGCUCUACUGGUAUUGGUGGAUCAAAUCCAGGAGCUGGCGAAAGGGGGAACUGCAGUAGUAAUAGCAGCAGCAGUGGUGGAAGCACUGUAGGCAACCCUCCUACUGCUUCUUCAUCAUCAACAACAGCCCCCGCUACUAGCAAAGCCUGGGACAAUCAGAAAGGGGAAGUGGGCGAAUGGGGCGAUGGAGGAGAAGGACAUGGGGGACGGGGGGGAUCUUCAUCAAGUGGUGGAAAUUCCAGAAGUGGAAGUGUGCCUGAUCGAAUUCGCCGACAGGCACCCAAUCCUGAAGCUGCCUUACAGAACCUGCUUAGUCGGUCUGAUUUGGACCCCCGGGUCCUGUCCAACUCAGGCUGGGGCCAAACACAAAUCCGACAAAACACAGCCUGGGAUCUUGAUGAACACGCGGGACAAAGCAAAGUUGGACCACCUUCAGCUUCAUUGAAACACUCGGCUGGUCUUACAGGUCCUGCUCAAUAUUCCAGUGGACCCAGGACCCUAAGCACUGACUCAACAGGUCAAGGGGUCAGUUCCUCCUUAAUUCCUUCUACUGGGUCUUCUGGGGAGGGCUGGGAGAGCAGCAGCAAUAGCAGCAGUAGUGGGGCAUCUUUGUCUGGAAGAGGCCUCCCGCCUACAUGCACCAACAUGAGGAAUCUUGGCAUCUCACAAUCUGGGCCAGUGACCUCCUCUGCACCUGGUAUGGGGUCGGGGAUGGUGCCUGGGGCCAAGGCUACAGGUUGGGUUGAAGGAGGAAAUGGGGCUGGGGAUAAGCAUGACUCCAAGGACUGGGGGAAUGAAGAAUGGAGAAGUAACAGUCGAGCAGAAAAGGGAAGAGGAUGGGGUGAUGUCAGGCAGAGAUGUGACUCAUUAAGUGGAAGAUGGGGAGAUCGUCACCAUGAGAAAGGGGCAGAGUGUUGGAAAGACAUGGGUGGGAGUGAUGAAGGAAGUGGGUGGGGAUCAAAAUCGAAGGUUGGGUCAGGUAAAAAUUGGUUGGAGCAAGAAUCAAAAUCAAGCAGUGGUGGAGGAGGUUGGGACGAUGAGAGAAGGAAUGGAGGGCACUCACAGGGAGAUUCAGGUGGGGGUGGCUGGGGGAACUGGGACAGUAGUGCACCCCGGAGGACCUGGGGAACAGGAGGCACAGGGGGAGGGGGUGGUGGAGCAGGGGGGAUGGAUGGGGGUGGAGGCAUGGGGUCUAAACCUCAUCAGGGAUGGAGUGAAGGAAACAAAAUGCACCAGAUGCCAAACUGCCAGUCGGGCUCCAUCUCAGGCCCACAGGCACAACUGCAACAGCAACAAUCACAGCCCCACAAUCAGCAUCCACAGCUGCAACAAGCAUCGGACCAAGGGGUUAUGCAAGGGGGCGGGGGGAGGAAGCUCGUCUCUCAAACCCAGACACAGAACCAAAGCUCAGGCUGGAACUCAGGACCUAUUCCUGGCGUCUCUGGUGGAGGUGGGAGUGGACCUGAACCAAGCGGCUGGGAAGAACCCUCCCCGCAGUCAAUAAGCAGGAAGAGCGAGAUAGAUGAUGGAACAUCAGCAUGGGGAGACCCAACCCAUUACAACUACAAGCCAGUUAACCUGUGGGAUAAAAACAGCGGGUCCUCUAGUCAGCAGCCACAUGGGCAGGGUCUGACCCAGCAGCAGCAGGGACCUCCUGUGCAGCAGCAGCUACAACAGGGACCUCCUGUUCAGCAGCAGCCCAGCAGGCAGGCCACAGCGCUCACAGAACCUUCAGGCUGGGGUAUCACUUCUCCAGCUAAUCCUUCAGUAGACAACGGUACGGCCGCCUGGGCGAAACCCAGUGACGCUCCGACUGGCUGGGGUGAACCUGAUGAUGCUGGAGGGAAGACUGCGUGCUGGGGAAACCCUUCUCCAAACUCAAUCAGAUCCGGUCCAAAGUCUAUGCAAGGUGGCUGGGGGGACAAGGAAAGUUCGGUGGCAGCUUCACGCCACUCCAGCUGGGAGGAUGAAGAGGAAGGAGGCGGCAUGUGGAACAGCACAGGAUCCCAAGGAAGUGGCUCAUCUUGGGGCCAAGGAAGCAAUGGAGGCUGGGGUCAAAGCAACCCAGUGAAAAAGACCAGCAGCAAGGGUCCUCUGAAGGCUGGAGGUGAUUCAUGGAUGAGCCCCAUCAACAGACAGUUCUCCAAUAUGGGAAUUCUGAACGAUGAUCCUAGUGGCCCAAACAUUGACCUACCUCCAGGUUCUCUUCAGGAGAAGAGAAUGGAGGCGGAGAAGAGAGGCAUAGGAAUAAAUGAUUACAAUGGAGACAUGAGGAAAGGAGGAAGAGGAGGAGGUCCAAGUGGAGGAGUGAUUUAUCGUCCUCCUGGGUCCAAAGACCCAGCACAAGUAGAUCCAGGGUCUUACUAUGACAAGACCGUGCAUUUGAUCAAUCAGGAUGGGUGCCUUGGGGAGGAGGGUCCUUGCCCUCUGUACUCACCACCCACUGGCUACAAGUCCCAUACCCUCUUCAACCACUCUGUCCCCUUUAGACAAGGUGGUCACAAUAUCUUUGGCGGUACUGGAGGAAUGACCCAAUCAAGGCAUCAGCCAAGUAUCCCCCCAAUAAACCAGUCCCCAGGGAUGCGAGCACAAGUGCCUCAUCAGUUCCUGUCGCCUCAGGUGCCAGGGUCCAUGCUGAAGCCGAUGCCCACUCCCAGCGGGAGUGUGGGAGGUGUUGGUGGCAUGGGAGGGGUGCCAGGAGUCGGAGCAGGGGUGUUCCCUCCACAACUAUCCCCUCAGCAUCUAGCCAUGCUCAGCAGCAUCUACCCGCCUCACAUCCAGUUUCAGCUGGCUUGUCAGCUCUUAUUGCAGCAGCAGCAACAGCAGCCACCACAGCAGCAGCAGAUCCUGCAGAACCAGAGGAAGUUCACACCAAACGUGCGGCCGCAGACUGAUCCUCAGCAGCUGGCCAGGAUCAUGGCGGUGCUCCAGCAGCAGAGGCAGCAACAGCAGAUUGGAGGUUUAGGUGGCGGCCCCAAGCUCUCCCCCUCCCACCAUGGUGGAGUGGGUCCUAAACUUUCUGGAGCUGAAACUCUGCCCCAUCCAGGCCUGGCCGGAUCAGUGGCUGAGCUGCAGCAGAAACCAUUCGGAUCAUACUCUGGCUUUGGUUCUGCUGUGAACCUCCCAGGUCUGGAACUUGGAGGCUCUAUAGUGGGGGGACCCGGAGCCAUGAAGGACCUAAGCGCUCAGCAGUCCCGCUUUAAAUGGAUGAUGGAGGGAAACUGUUCUCCUGAUACUUCCUCUCCUGAAAACCUGUACCACAAAAAUGGUCCUGUCACCCCCAUAAAGAUGCCAGGGAGCUCACCUUACUCCCAGUUUGACAUAAUGGUUGGAGAUGGACCGAGUGACAACUGGCAUCGCACCCCUGGUAACAAGAUGGGUGCUAAGCCUACCAACACACCAAGCUGGCCUCCUGAGUUCCAGCCUGGGGUGCCAUGGAAGGGAAUCGAUCGUGUUGAUCCAGAGUCUGAUCCAUACAUGACGCCAGGGAGCAUGAUGGGAAACGCAGUUUCUCCCGGUCUCAAUGAUACAGAGCACCAGUUGUUACAAGACAAUAACGAUUCCACCCCUUCCCUGAACACCUUGCUGCCUUCACCUGGUGCCUGGCCCUAUAGUGCCUCAGACAGCCUUCUAAACAAUGCACACAACUCAGCAAAGUACACGGACUACAAGACAAGCUGGCCCCCAGAACCCAUUGGACACAAGUCUUGGAAAGCCAGUCGUGGCAGCAGCCAGGCCCAGUUGUCCCGUCCACCUCCUGGCCUUGCCAGUCAGAAGCAGCCAUCACCCUCCCCUUGGUCAGCAGGAGCUCCUCGGUUGCCUGGAAGAGGGUGGGCAAGCGGCUCCAGGAACACCGGGUCAACCUGGAGUGACGGAAACUCUCGGGAAAGCUGCUGGUUGGUGCUCAGCAACCUCACACCCCAGAUUGAUGGUUCCACUCUGAGAACCAUCUGCAUGCAGCACGGUCCCCUGCUGACCUUUCACCUUGGCCUCACCCAAGGAAGCGCUCUGAUUUGCUACGGCUCCAAACAGGAAGCAGCCAAGGCCCAAAGUGCACUCCACAUGUGUGUUCUGGGUAACACCACCAUCUUGGCAGAGUUUGUGAGUGAGGAGGAGGUUGGUCGUUAUAUUGCACAUUCCCAGGCUGGGGGAGCUGGGAGUGAAGGAACCUCUGCAGGCUUGGGGCCCACGGCAGCUUCCGCUGUUGGGACGGGCAGCAACGGAGGGAGCUGCGAUAGGGGAGGUGCGGGAGGCACCGGCGGGGGAGGAGUAGAAGGCGUCUCCCCGGCUGGAGGAGCCGAGUCUUCCAGCUCAGGGUGGCAAAGUCUAGACAGCACAGGCAGCUCAUCGGACCCUUCUGCCACCCAGGGGCCCGGGCUUGGCAUCUUCACGCAGUGGAGCAGCAAUGGAGCCGGGGUGGGAGGAGCUGGAGGGGUGGAGGCUGGAAGGCAGGUUCUCUGGGGUGGGAUUGGGGGAGUGAGCGGGGCAGGUUACCCCGGCGGUGGCGGCGGCAGUCUCUGGGCUUCUCCAGCACUUGAAGAUCGUCACCAGAUGGGAAGCCCCGCCUCUCUGCUGCCAGGAGACCUGCUGGGCAGCAGUGCUGACUCCAUCUGACGGGAUGACUGACGCACGUUUUCCACCCGAGUUACACUCUGCAUUUACUUACAAGGCAGUAAGCUACACUGGUCCUCCAACAGAGACACUUACGACACACAGCCUACAUGCACAGUUAAACUGCUCCACUUUAAAAUGAAGACAACAGGAAAACUUGAACUGGGGGAAGAAGGUGAAACCCAUGAAACUUUUUAGGACUUUUUACUCCAAAUCUCACCAUCAGCAUCCAGAGACCCGAUCACUCAGGCAUGCACUGUAGACGGGCUCAGCCGGAGUCGAACGUGUCAACAGUUUAGCUAUUGCUGUUUUUAGUGUGCCACUUUCUUUUGUAUCACUAUUUAAUGGUCAGAUCUCAAAAGUCAGACUUGCAGACUGAGCCCUUGUCGACCUGGCUGGCAUAAUUCUGCGCUCCAGGGUGUGUUUGUUUUUUAUUUUAUGGGAGCUUGAGAGUGAGAUGGGUCCAGAGGGGAGGAUGGGGAACUUGUAGAGUAUUUGGGACAGCACCACACUACUGAAUCAAAGGAUGAGCAGAAAUGAAGAGGUUCGUCUGUAGGUACUGACACAUCUACAUGGCACCAUUACAGAGGGACCCAGGGUAAAAACACGAGCAUCAUUAGCCAAACUUGCACUAUACUCCUCUGGGUUUGUUGUUGACUCAUCCUCUACAAAUCCCUCCUUGUUUCUUUUUUUUUUUUUUUUUUACUGUGCUACAACCCAACAACCGAGGACCUUAGAGGACGAUUAAAUGUUGCAACAGCUGUGGCCUUGACUGAAACCCAGCGGCCGCCCACCUGCCAUGCCAGCACCAUUGCACCCUCUCAUCAGUGACACUCUGCUUAUAUAUUGACAAGUAAAACUGUAUCUCUCUCUCUUUCAGUGUACGUUGGUUGUUUAUCAUAUUUUCAUGUUUUAAAAGAAACAAAAUCCGUGAAACUUUGUGGAAGUUCAGAGAUGUCCUUUCUGCCCUUCAAACACUGACCUCGCUGUUAUAUUUUUUUUUUAUUGUUUUCGUAUUCAAGAAAAUCCAGUUGGGGAUCUGGAGUCACCAUGACUUGGAUCACUCAUUUAGUUGCUGUAGAAGCUGCCCUCCUGCCUGCCUGUGCAUGAAGAGUGUCAACAAUCUUUGGCUGAAAGCAGGAGUAUGUGAAGAUGAUGAUGAUGUCUGCGUUUUUGCUCCUACAUUGAAUGUUUUUCUUUCUGGUCCAGGAGAAAUUCUUGGGAAAUGCUUAAGUGUGUGUGUGUGUGUGUGUGUGUGUGUGUGUGUGUGUGUGUAUGUAUGCUAACCUUUGAACCCUUGGUCAAGGGAGUGGAUGCUCAUCAUUCUGACAGCGUCCAUAAGAGAGGAAGGCGACAGUCGGAUGUCUGCAGAUGUUUGCGUGCUCAACAGUUUGGCUAAAAAGUUAAAAACAAUCUGGCACUCUUGCAUCUGCCUCUUAUGUCGGGUGGUUUUUUUAAGCAGCAUUUUGUUCCUGUUUGUAUUUUUUUCUGUCAAAUGCAAUAAGAGUAAUGUUUUGUUUUUAAGGCGAAACAAGAAACCGAAGGCAUUUGUGUAAAGAUGCCAUGUCCUACCAUACCAAGCUGAGCUGGAACAGUGUUUUACAGACACGUUAAACAGAUUACCUGUUAUGUUUUCUUUUUUAUUAUGUAUCCGUUUAAAUUAAGUCAGUCUUUAUUAUCACUCCUGUUCAGAAUUUUUCAUUUAUUUCAUGUUACAAAAAGGAGAGGAAGUUAAUUUAAAGCAGAAAAGAACAAGAUAAUAAAGGUUGAAUUGAA